AACUGUCGUGGUUGGAUACAGUCACAAUCGUACAAAGCGCUCGUUAAAAUAAGAAAAGAAACAGUAACCAUUUUUUCGACAUGAAAAAUUGUUCAAUUGAACGGUAGAUGGUAGCAGAGGGAGCCGCCCAAGUAAAUGCCCGUGGAAAAAAGGAAAAAAAGAAGAAGAGAAGCCAAAGCCAGAGCCCAACGUUGACCGAUUUAGUGCCCAUGGUUAAGCGCAAACAAAAAAAGAAUUGUCAGCCAAAUACUAGAUUCAGUGUGCGUUCUGCGUUGUUUGUUAUCGACUGCUUUUUUAACUUUUAACUUCUCACAUUACGUAUUGUUUGCUGGUGGACAUUGUUGCUACGCCGAAACGGGAGCAAAAUUUGGUCACUUGAAAUUGCAAUUUCUUCCCAGUGCGGAUUUACGUUAUUUCUUUCCUCUUUGGUGUUGUACAUUGUACAUAUAUUCGAUGGUUUCAUUCCAGACAGCCAUGUCUGGAAUGGCUAGACUGGGCGGAGCGUAACCGUUUUUUUUCUCUCUCUCUACGCAUCCCGAAUUGAAAUUUUCAUCUUCUUUCUUCACCGGGGGUCUUUUAUAAUAUCCACCGUACAACAACCUUUGCCGAAUCGAAAAUGAUGGGUGGAAAACUUUAUUUUGUAUUGAUUGUUGCUCUGGGCUGCUGGGACCUUGCUUUAGCCCUCAAAUGCCAUUGUGAUAUAUGCACCGCAGAGACAAAUCACACAUGUGAAACAGAUGGUUUUUGCUUUACUUCAACGUCUCUAAAUAGAAAGACUGGAGCCCUGAUUCAUGCCUACAGAUGCUUGGACCGAGUGCUGCUGUAUCCUCCCGAGAACCCCAUCAUGUGUCACUACGCCCGCCCUCUCAACGACACAUUUGUCGUCGGAUGCUGCAAGGACUACGACUUGUGCAACCGCGAUUUGAAACCCAUCCUGCACGUCCGCAACACCACAGAUCCGGAGGCCGUCGAUUUGACUUGGUUCGGCUUUGGCAAGUGGGAGCUGGCGCUGCUCAUUGGCAUUCCCAUCGCCGUCGGCAUCUUAUUCGUCAUGAUCCUGUUCAGCGUGAGGCAUCAGCGGCGACGGCGGAUGAUCAACCGCCGCAUGGUCGACAUGGAGCAUAAUAUGGAUUCGGCCGACAUACCCAUUUUAGGACACAACGGCGUAGGAGCCGCCUGCCUCAGAGACAUAAUUGACAUGACAACCAGCGGCUCGGGUUCCGGCUUACCUUUGCUCGUCCAGCGCAGUAUUGCCCGUCAAAUUCAACUGAUGGACAUAAUCGGCAAAGGCAGAUUCGGAGAGGUGUGGCGUGGAAGGUGGCGCGGUGAGAAUGUGGCCGUCAAGAUUUUCUCGUCCAGGGAGGAGCGCUCUUGGUUCCGCGAAGCUGAAAUCUACCAAACGGUCAUGCUCCGGCACGAUAACAUUCUUGGUUUCAUUGCCGCCGAUAACAAAGAUAACGGAACUUGGACUCAAUUGUGGCUCGUCACCGACUACCACGAAAACGGAUCGCUCUUUGAUUUCCUCAACCGGACGACGGUGGACAGCACGACGAUGGUGAGGAUGGCCCUUUCCAUCGCCACUGGACUCUCUCACCUUCACAUGGAAAUUCUGGGCACUCAAGGUAAACCGGCCAUCGCUCAUCGCGAUCUCAAAUCCAAAAACGUUUUGGUCAAGGCCAAUCGCACCUGCGCCAUUGGCGAUUUGGGUCUGGCCGUCCGCUACGAUGCCACCGUCGACACUGUCGACAUUGCCCUCAACCACAGGGUGGGCACCAAACGUUACAUGGCCCCCGAGGUUCUCGAAGAAACAAUCAACGCCAACCACUUUGACUCGUUCAAACGUGCCGAUGUCUACGCUCUGGGUCUCGUCUUUUGGGAGAUUGCCCGUCGCUGCAACAUGGGCGGCAUCAUCGACGAGUACCAGUUGCCGUUCUACGACGUCGUCCCCUCUGACCCGUCCAUCGAAGAAAUGCGCAAGGUCGUCUGCGUCGACCGCCAGAGGCCGUCGAUCCCCAACCGGUGGCAAUCGUACGAAACCCUUCGGGCCAUGUCGCAGCUAAUGAAGGAGUGCUGGUACGCCAACGCAGCUGCCCGUCUAACAGCUCUCCGCAUCAAAAAGACGCUGGCCAAUUUGGAUGCCCCGGAAGAUGUCAAGAAUUAAUAAAAAUAACAACACUGCCCCCCCUCCCCCUUCUCCUUCCCGUUGACCUUAUGUCAGAAAAAAUUAAAAACAGAUAAAUGAACAGUUCAAAUACGUUUGUCAGCUACUUAUAUACAUUUAGUACGUCUCGCUUUGUUUCAAAACAAUUUAAGUGUGUGUACGUGUGUGUGUUGAAAAAUGUGAAUGCGUUGGGAGUGCAUGAGAGUGUCUCGUAACCCCUGCCAUCAACCCACUUUUUUUGUUUUUCUCUCUUUGAUUGUUGAUUGUGUGGAUGGUGAUGAUGAUCUGUCUCCUGAUUACUAGCUGUAGUAAUUCUGUUUUAAAAAAUCAAUUCAUUAAUUAUUAUUAUUAUUAUUCAGUCUUUAAAUUUUUUUUUUCUUCCUUCUCCUACCCCCUGCCCUAUUAUCUCUAUGUGACCGAGACACACAUUUAUAUGAUACCCAAACUCACUCAUCGGUACGAUUCCGAAACAAUUAUCGCGUGUUGGAAUUUUGUUUAAUUGCUUUCAAUUUCAUCCAAUCCAAAUUUCGUUUCAGAAGAGUAUAUAUAGAUAUAUUCAUCAUUUAUGUUCUUUUUUUUAAUGUCCUCCAGCUCCUAAUUUUGUUUUUCGGUUUUUUCAACAUGAAACAGUUAUUGAUGACACAUAUACAGAGUCAAAAAUUC